AUGUCAAAACCCUGUAAGAAAAUAAAAAACCCAUGCAAAAUAUGUCUGGGACCAGUAACCCGAAAGAAUGGUUUACAAUGCCAGGGAUUUUGUCAGUGUUGGGUUCACUACGCCUGCCUCAACUACACACCCGGUAAGAUUAAGGACAUCAAAGCUGGUAUCAUUCUCGUAAACUGUCCUUGUCCAGAUUGCAACAGCUCGCUCCCAAAAGAAUACCGCUCGGAUGAGCCAUACAGCUGCACAAACUUACAGUGCCCCGCUAAUAUUACACCCAAAUGCGACAACACCGGCUGUCCGAUUAAUAAACAACAAGGUCAAAAAGGAGCCAAUAUGAGAAAUACCGGGGCUGGAUCGAGUUGUCCUUUAGGCCAAUGCGGUAAAGAAUGUAAGGAAAAUAGCAAGGGAUCUAACCAACCAGGAAGAGAAAAGCCUGGUAAUUCAUGCGGUCCGUCAUGCAAAGAAACUAGUGUUCCAUUGAGAGCUGGGGCGGUUUUACCACAUCAGAUACCACCCAGACCGGAGAGCCCUCCAUCCUGCCCUUCAGGAUGCUCGUUACCUCCUGGAGAUUUAGGUCAAUCGUCAGAUCCAAUGCCGGCGUUGGAACAAAUGUGUAAUACAGUCGGUCAGUUGACGAAUCAAAUAAACGAUCUUAUGCAGCAAAUGAAGAAUGUUGUUCAAGGUAAUAAUAGCGGUGGAGGUCCUGGAAAAGAUCCUAAGUCCUGCUACUGUCCUGGAAACCCUGGACAUAAACGAUAA